UUGCGAUGGGGCGACGAGUUUCUUAGUGGUUCGGGCCACUUACUUUUUUUUUAGUUUUUCUAUAUUUUUACAGCGGUUUUAACUGCAUUUAUAUAAACUCGAAAGCAUCACGGACUACGAUUUUACAAUUAAAAUAAUGAGUUUAAUCGUGAUGUUCAAUCUCCGUGGAUUGACUCCGUUUAUAUGGAUCGUAUCUGUCUUAACCUUAUCUAUAAGUGAUGAAGUUAAAACAGAUGGUAUUGCAUCCUUAACAUCUGUAUCAAAUGCUACCUUCGCAAACGCAUCCUUGGAGGAUGAUCACCGAACUUUAUCUUCUGCGAUUCAACCUACUUCCGAAACCAUUUACUCGACAAAAAUUUCGAACGAAAACGUUACACCUUCGUUCGCGGGAGAAGGUGGUCCAAUUCUGAUCGCUUCUACCACUCAGCGAGCAUCUUCUACUACUUUCCAAUCAGCAAGUAUUUCUGACACUCUAAACGUAGGAAAUAAUUUAUCGAACGAAAAAGAUUAUUCUCCAAAUGUAACGAGGAAGAAUAGUACAUUAUCUAAAAUUGUGCCAAGAAAAGGAGCGAAUGAAAUGUUACAUGGAAAGAAGGAACAAUCUUCUUUCAUUGAAACACAGCUACCUAAUGAUGGAGAAGUAGUUAAAUAUAAUGUAACAGGAAAUACCAUUAAAAUGAAUAAUACGAUGUUAAACGUUACUAAUGAACGUUUGAAGAAUGUUACGCAUACUACUGUAAAUGGUACAUUGCAACAAAAUACAAAUACGUCGCAACAAAAUACAAGUACAUUGCAACAAAAUGUAUCGGCAAGUACCGUUAGUACUAUAAUAUCUUUGCUUAAAGAACAUAAAGCAAAACCAACUGUCACGGUAGCAGGACCUAAUGGUGAUAAACGACCAUUUGUAUCACCCACAAGAUCACGCUUGGGAAUGCCAAAAAAAAUUGAUUAUCUUUUGCCAGUUAUUAUUACUCUUCUAGCUUUACCAAUAUUGGGUGCUGUUAUGUUCAUGGUAUAUAAACAAGGUAGAGAUUGUUGGGAUAAAAGACACUAUAGAAGGAUGGAUUUUCUUAUCGACGGAAUGUACAAUGACUAAUAUUUACAAGUAUGCUAUUCAGGAACAUGAAUUACUAGAAUAUCAUCUGCCCAAUAUAUAUGUAUAUAUAUAUAUACAUACAUACACUUGAUAAACUAUUUUGCUACUUUAGCAUCGAUCAAUAUACCAUAUAGAACUAUAAAACUUUUAUUGUGCCGUAACUUGCUCUGCAUACAAUAUUCUUAUUAUGCUACUGCCUUAUAAUGAGAUUUGUUAUUUAUAUGUUUUAUAUAAUCGUUUGUAUAUGGAAAUUACCAUUCGUACGUAAUUUGAAAGCUCGCAUACUCAUGGUUUUAGAUAAGUAGUAUACGAGAAAGACAAUAUGGAAAUAGUAACAAACCAAAUGACACAGCAAUAAUAUAAAAUUAUUCAACGAACGCUAUUAAAGAACUUCAAAAAAAGUAUUAAUGCUAAGAUUUGAAUAAACAUUAUGAAAUGCUCAUUGAAACAAAUAAAAUUCCAUUUGUAGAUAGGUAUAUACGUGUAAGCCAAAUUAAAAAUUUGUUUUCUUAUUUAUAGAAUUUUACGCGAAAAUAAUUUAUUGGCCAUUUGUUUCAGCUCGGUUUGAUGUUAAAAAUUUUCAAGUUUAAAAUCUUCGUUAAAUCGAACUGGCCGUUCUUAGGCUGUUUUUAAAAAAAAUUUGUUAUUAGUAAUAUUAUUAUAGGAUUUUUUCACUAAAAUUUAAUUUGAUUAUUCAAAUUUUGUAAAAUGUACAUCGUGUUAUUUUACAAAUUGUAAAGUAGUAUGUAUUCCACCAAAGAAACAUUUGAUUUACAUCAUACAAUUGUUGUAAUUACUUGUAAUAAUUAUUUUAUAUAACUGCAUUUAUAGUAUUGUUAUUCAAAGGUUUGUCCAGGUAAAUUAAUAAUAAUUGCCAUACGAAAAUUAAAUGGAUAUCGAACAAUGCCCACAGAAUUAUUAUAUUGUUGCAAAUAUAAGCAAUGUUUUUGUGCAAUUAGAAGAAUUAGGAAAUUCUAUGCCGAACUUCCUUUUUCGUUUAAUAUGUGUAAAGUUUCUAUUUUGUCAAAAUGU